AUGGUACGUAAUUAUGCGGCGGCUGAAGAACAUAUUAUCAACUAUUUGGAGCAUCCAAUUUAUCCUAACAGGAAUUUAUUGGUGCGUAAACUGGAUCCACCACAGACGUGGAAUCCGAUGGUAGAAAACUACCUACGCACCACGGGAUUCUACCACGUCUCAAAGAUUGGGAUAAUACGUGGAUUUUAUCCGUUAUUAGCUGCUCUGGUCGAAAGGUGGAGGCCAGAGACUCACACCUUCGUGAUGCCUGUGAGUGAGAUUACAGUGACGUUGGAAGAUGUCGCUUAUAUAUUUGGCCUACCCAUUGACGGAGAGGCUGUGAGUGGAUGGACAGACAGUAGUGCCGACUUCGUGCGAAGCCAGAGUUACGCCAUAUUUGGUCGGGAGCCAGAAGUCAGUAGUUUUUCAAAAUCCUAUAUAAAGUUGGCUUGGGUAAGACGUGUCAGAGACGCGGAGCCGUUAGACACUGAGAAUUCCAUUAGGCGAUAUGUCAGAUGUCAUAUCUUCUACUUGUUGGGGUCGACCUUAUUCGCGGAUAAGUCGACCGCAUACGCCCAUGCGAAGUAUCUACCUUUGCUUCGAGAUUUCGAUCGGAUCCAUACUUACAGUUGGGGUUCAGCAUGUCUUGCACAUCUUUAUAGAGCAUUGUGCCGUGCAUCACGAUUUGAUACAAAGGAGAUGGAUGGACCUCUCAAUUUGUUGUUUGUUUGGGCUUGGGAGCGAAUGCCAUGUCUUGCGCCCGUACCGAGGAACACCCUUCCACCCGCUGAGAUACCAGUUGCAAAGAGGUGGAGUCAUUCGGCGCACCCCACAGCGUGGUCAUCGAAUACUGUAGUGACAUUUAGGCAUCAUAUAGACUACAUGCAGGAGUUUGAGUGGCGGCCGUACGCCGGAUUGAUCGUGCCCGACGAGCUACACGGACAUCUCGAUGUGUGUGACACCGUUGCUCCGUUGAUGUCGUUUGAGUGCAUCGAAUGGCACCCUGUGGAUCGAGUGAUGCGUCAGUUUGGGUAUUCACAACCUACCCCGCAAGGAGCAAGGGAUAUUCCACUGGACCUGCAUUGCAUGGCUCUUCGCGGAGUACAGCUUCAUGACUGGACAGUUAUUCAUGGGGCAUGGAUAGAGGAGUGGGGCAACAGGCGAAACACUCGCCUGCGGGAUCUGCACCCCCUUCCGACCUGGGAUUUUAGUCCGACCAUGGAGUAUCGGGAUUGGUACAUGCGCUCAUAUGGGCAUCUACUGAGAUUGUCGGAGUACGUUUCUCAGGAUCCACAGCCACAUGUACCACAGCCACCUGCCCCACAGGAGUAUGUUCCUCAGCAGCCACAGCCAGAUCAGCAUGCAAUGUUUCAGCCGUUUCCAUAUUAUGUACCACAGCCACCGGAGCACAGUCAGGGUAGCCGAUAA